AUGUCCGGUGGUCAAACGUUUGGUUUUAUAACGGAACUUUUUUUUGAUAUUUUCUCCUCAAAAGAAUUAAAUUGUUUCUAUGAAAAUUUCUUACUCUACACCGAUAUAAGUAUUUCUAUUCGGGCCGUUGAUAUUGAAUCACAAAUGAUACAUAUGCGAAUUAGAUCACCAAGUAAAAUUAUCAGUAAAUGGUAUAAAGGAAUUAAUCAGGCGGAAUUCAGUGGAUUGUUACGAGAAGAAGGUGUAUAUGAAAUUUGUACGAAAGUUGACAUAACAAGUACAUCACAUGUACGUUUAAUGCUGAUUAUCUAUGCUAAUCAUCAAGGAUCAAAGAACAAAGCUGAUCAAAUUCAAAAAGAAAAUGAACAAUCAACAAACAAUAUUAAAGAAUCGAUUAAUCGUUUAAGAGAAAAGAUAGCAACAUCAGCAUUUGCAUUGAAACAACUUAAAUCAACACGUGAUAUACAUUUGCAAAUUAAAAAUGCCAAUAAUAUUGACAUAUUUUCAUUGAUGCAAACAACUGUUAUUCUAUGUACAGCAUUUGUGCAAGUUUUCAUUAUUCGUAAAUUUUUCUCUAACACUUCAAAAAAUAUUAUUGUAAUGAGAUAG